CCGCGCGCGCAUCCUGCGUAAAGCACCCUUAGCGGUAAUGCGCUGAUAUUGUCCGAACAAUAUUAGGACGAGUUGAACGAACUUCGGGUCCGCGAAUUUUUGGACUCGAAGGAAUAAAAUAUUGAACUUAGCAUAAACAGACUGUGGUUAAUCCAGCGUGACGUUUCACAUAUCGAUCGAUCAUUGCUACCCAAAUAUUUUAUCCUUAUUAAUCGUGAUGGACGAGCUUAGAAUUAAAAAAGUAUUUUGUAUAUUAUUUUGAACUGUGUUAGACUUUAUUUGCAUUGGAUGUUAAGUGCAUGUGAUUAUGGAGACUCUAGUUCUGAUACCUCAGGAGUUGAGUCUGGCGUUGAGGCCAGGGGGAGCUAGGGGGAGGGAGGCAUCUGUCAGCGUCUGGUCAUCGAUGGAGAUACAAAGGGGUGCAUUAUUGUACCCUUUCCAAGGGACAAUUAGGAUCGACAAGCUACAUGUGUACUCGUACGUGCCCGAUCAUGACGUACGUCAUCGAUUUGGCUUGUUUGACGAAGUUUGCACGUCAGGAGGAGUUCAAGUUCGACAUUGUAAUUGGGUGCGAUUUUUGCGGGUCUCGGAAAAUUAUGGACCUCAAGUUAACCUAGUCUGUACUAAAGUCAAAGGCGAGCCUGUCUACGAAGCUGUGAAACCUGUCUCAGCUCACACCGAGCUGGUGGUUUAUUUCCUUCCCGAAAGACCCGAAGAACUAUUUUUCGUCAGAAUGAGAAAUAAUUUGUACCGACAAACUAUGGACUCUAUCUUAGAAGAUUCUCCAUUAGACUUAUCUACCUCCCUCCUUUCAAGAGUCCUUUUACCGAUUUCUCCUCCUUCGGGUCCAGAAGACGAACACAAAUCCAUAUCUGGUGAUUCAUUAACAUCAUCAUCAGCCGGAUCAUCUAAUGAACUAUUAGAUAUGACUCCUAAAAUCCAAAGACGACCUACAAAGUCGGAGCGAGCUUUGUUACCUUGUGAAGUUUGCGGGAAAGCUUUUGACAGGCCAUCAUUAUUGAAACGGCAUAUGAGAACUCAUACGGGUGAAAAACCACAUGUUUGCAUGGUAUGUAACAAAGGCUUUAGUACAUCAAGCAGUCUCAACACACAUAGACGAAUACAUUCAGGAGAGAAGCCUCACCAGUGCCAGCAUUGUGGGAAGAGGUUUACAGCCAGUUCGAAUCUUUAUUAUCACCGUAUGACUCAUAUAAAGGAGAAACCUCACAAAUGCAGUCUCUGCUCCAAGUCAUUCCCAACUCCCGGAGACCUCAAGUCCCAUAUGUACGUACACAGUGGGUCCUGGCCUUACAAAUGCCACAUCUGUUCCAGAGGCUUCUCAAAGCACACCAAUUUGAAGAAUCAUCUCUUCUUACACACUGCUAAGCAUCAACGAAACAAUACACGCGAUGCUACUUGAACUUAAUAACAUGAAGCUACGUAUUCAAUCAUACAAAAUUAUUUAAAGACUUAGAAAUAUAAAAAGUGUGAUAUUAGAGGUUAAUUAGUUAUAAGUGUUAAAUUAUUCAGAUAGUUUUAUAUUAUUCUCUAUUUUAAGUGUAAUUUUUAA